CACUCCCACGUUUCUGCUACCAGUGACUCCUGCAAUCCUUAAUCAUGUCGAGGGAUCCUCUUGUCGUAGGCAAUGUGAUUGGUGAUGUGUUGGACCCGUUUGUCACUUCCGCGGCGUUUCGGGUGAUCUACAACAGCAAGGAACUCACCAAUGGAUCCGAGCUCAAACCGUCCGCCGUCGCCAAAGAGCCCCGGGUUGAGAUCCGAGGACACGACAUGAGGACUCUGUACACGCUGGUGAUGGUGGAUCCAGACGCACCGAGCCCCAGCAACCCGACCAAAAGAGAGCACCUGCACUGGUUGGUGACAGACAUCCCAGAGACAACUAAUACCACCUUUGGAAAUGAGAUCGUCUGCUACGAGAGCCCACGGCCAACAGCUGGUAUCCACCGCUUCGUGUUCGUGCUGUUCCGGCAAUCGGUCCGGCAGACGAUCGACGCGCCUGGGUGGAGGCAGAACUUCAACACCAAGGACUUCUCCGCUCUCUACAACCUCGGGGAUCCCGUCGCGGCCAUGUUCUUCAACUGCCAGAGAGAGAACGGCUGUGGCGGAAGAAGGUAUACAUCGUGA